GCGUCAGGCCAGUCCCGGCAUGCUCCGCGGCCGCCCGCGGUGGAGCGCCGACAAGAGGACUCUCCCCCGUGAGCGGCCCAGCUCAAUUCAGCUGCUGUCCAGACUUGGCCGGCUAUAGGGCCUCCUCCAGUCUUUCUCCUACAGCUCGCCCGCCCGUCCGAGCGCCCCCAGCCCUCCCGUGAGGGCGCCCCGGGACGGAAGGGACCACCAGCCUGUCGGCGCCCGCAGUUCUCGUGGUCGCCGUCGCCGUCGUUGUUGUGGUAGUCUCCGCCGUCGCCUGGGCCAUGGCCAAUUACAUCCACGUCCCGCCCGGCUCCCCGGAGGUGCCCAAGCUGAACGUAACGGUUCAGGAUCAGGAGGAACAUCGCUGCCGGGAAGGGGCCCUGAGGCUCCUGCAACACCUGCGGCCCCACUGGGACCCCCAGGAGGUAACCCUGCAGCUCUUCACAGAUGGAAUCACAAAUAAACUUAUUGGCUGUUAUGUGGGUGAUACCAUGGAAGAUGUAGUACUGGUGAGAAUUUAUGGCAAUAAGACUGAGUUGUUAGUUGAUCGAGAUGAGGAAGUAAAGAGUUUUCGAGUGUUGCAGGCUCAUGGCUGUGCACCACAACUGUAUUGUACCUUCAAUAAUGGACUGUGCUAUGAGUUUAUACAAGGAGAAGCAUUGGAUCCGCAGCAUGUCUGCAACCCUGCCAUCUUCAGGCUAAUAGCUCGUCAGCUUGCUAAAAUUCAUGCUAUCCAUGCACACAAUGGCUGGAUUCCCAAAUCUAAUCUAUGGCUAAAGAUGGGAAAAUAUUUCUCUCUCAUUCCCACAGGAUUUGCAGAUGAAGACAUCAAUAAAAGGUUCCUAAGUGAUAUCCCAAGCCCUCAGAUUCUUCAGAAAGAGAUGACUUGGAUGAAGGAGAUUCUUUCUAACCUGGGCUCACCUGUUGUGCUUUGCCAUAAUGACCUAUUGUGUAAGAAUAUAAUCUACAAUGAGAAACAAGGUGAUGUACAGUUCAUUGAUUAUGAAUAUUCUGGAUACAACUACCUGGCAUAUGAUAUUGGAAAUCAUUUCAAUGAAUUUGCAGGUGUGAGUGAUGUAGACUAUAGUCUCUAUCCGGAUAGAGAGCUGCAGAGUCAGUGGCUGCGUUCUUACCUCGAAGCCUACAAAGAGUAUAAGGGCUUUGGGACCGAAGUUACUGAAAAGGAAGUAGAAAAACUCUUCAUUCAAGUCAAUCAGUUUGCAUUGGCUUCUCAUUUCUUUUGGGGAUUGUGGGCUUUGAUACAAGCCAAAUACUCUACGAUUGAGUUUGAUUUCCUAGGGUAUGCAAUUGUUCGUUUUAACCAGUACUUUAAAAUGAAGCCAGAGGUUACUGCAUUAAAAGUGCCUGAGUAAAGAAGAGAUUCAAUUAUUCUCAAGUAGCUGAGCAGUGCUUGUGAAUCUUUUCUUAAGAAAUUCCAAAAAGCCAAUAUUUGUUAAAAUUCUGUUAUUUAAUUGGUUAUUUUGCUUUACAAAUUAUGCCUCUAAGCAAUCUAUUUUUUACAUGGACUGAUGUCAAGAAAUAUACCUAUUGUUAUCAGUAUGUGGUGGAUUAAAAAUUUGUUAAAUCUACAAAGGUAUAAAGAUAUCAGUUUAACCUUUGUUUGAUAAUUUAAUCUAUGUUAUAUGUGAAUUAUUUAUUAUAAAUUUAACAUUCUGUGACUGCUUUAUCUGUUUGAGUGUAAGCGACGAAAAUGUUCCAGAGAAAUUUUUAAAUGUUUUACUUUAAUAAGAUUAAUUUUAGUAAACAUUUCUAGUUGUUCAUUGUAACCGAUUUAUCUUGAUGCACUGUAAGUAAAAGGAAUCAUUUACUCUUGAAAUGCGACUGAUGUAGAUAACUUAGGAUGUUCAUAUAAAAAUACCUGUUUAGAAGGGUAAAAUACAUACACUGUCUCUGUUGGUGGUACAUCUUAUUAAAAUGAAUAUUAGAAAGCAUUUCUUUUUGAGGGAAUAUGACUUAGCAUUACCCCUCUCUCUACAUAGUCUGGCAGUAUAAAUACAAAUAUUUACCAUAUAAUCCUGGAAUAAGUAUGAAUUAAUGCUACCAAAAUCUGUAUUAAAUAAUGUUUGAAAUGCUAAAUAUGGUCAUUAUAGUAACUAGUUUUAGUUUUUAAAAUUUUACUAUAUCAAAUUGUUUCUAAUCAAAAAUUUUGUUUUACUUAAUUGAGAUAGUGUACGUUUUUAAUUAUUAGUCUCUAGUAUUGUUAGUUUUUGAAACAAAUAUAUAAAAUGAAUCAUACUUGGAAAUAAGAAAUUAUCAUUUAGAUUAAUUCUUUUUUAUCUAUCCAGGUUCAUUCCUUAUAGUUUAUGUUUUAGUUUGGUUUCAUGUCUAGCAAAUGUUUGCUUGAUACACUUAAGUUCAGUGUAAUAUGUUGAGGCAAUUAAAAGGAUUAAAUAAGAAAUAUUUAGGACAUUGAUCUUAUAUACUUAAAAUCUGACAAAUGUGAAUUAAGCAUAGUCAUGGUAGGAGGGCUUCUGUUUGAUUUUUCUUGUUUUUGUUGAAGUGUAUUUUUUUAUUUUGUUUGGGGGUGAGAAACGCAGUUAUAUGGGUUAGGCUUCGAGGUCUGAAGUCUGGUGUGUAUAGUUGAGCAGUCAUGGUUAACUUAGAAAAUUGGUCUGAGAAGCUUUGCACUUUGGUCACAUAAGUGCGCAUGUACAAAGUUGGCUUACUAGAUCAAAAUUUGCAGCUACAAAUUAUCUGAGAAAUCUUCUGAGGGGUGUGAUGUAUUAUUCCAAAUGACUUAUAUUCUCAAAUGCUUUAAAAUACUUGGGUUAUCUCAAGAUGUUUAAAGCUAAUAAAAUAAGUAGAAACACUUAAAGGCCAGCAAAUGGUGAAUUCUAGUUACAUAAAAAGAACCUAAAAAUGUGUUUGUGUCUAUAACAGUGUUAGACCAACAUUUAGUUUCUACCUCCCCAAUGUUAUAAAUGUUCAUUUUUGUUUUUGUAAAUCCUAUUACUGUAAGCAAUAGAGUUUGCCUAGUUGAUUAAAUUAAUGGAACCAAUUAAAUAAUUAGUAGCUUUUUAUAAUACUAGGGUAAACUUGAAAAAUUGUUUUUGGUGGAAUUUUUAUCUAUGGUUGGAACAUUUUCAUAGAAUGAUGAAUAAUUAAUACUCUUGAAUUUUUUUUUUCUUUCUGCCUUCUAAAGUGCAGCAGUAUGUAUCUGUAGAAUUGUGGGAGGAGCUAAGAUAAUUUUUCUUCCUUCCUCCAUGUUCUUCAAACUAUUUGGAAUAGAGAUUCACUGAACCAUUGCUGACAGACCAUGCAUAGCUUCGAGCUGUGACACUUUUGUGGUUUAGAGAGGUUCAUAUAGAAGUGAAUGUAACCAGGAAAAAAGGCACUCAUGUUAGCUCCAGGAGUGUGCAGUGGAUCUUGGGAACAAGUAAGAUAUUUAAUGUAUAGCCCCCACUCUUUUGGCUAGAUUUUGAGUGUUGUGAUGCUUCUACUUCCUGUAUAGGUUUUUAGGAUCUUCAUGCAGGCUAGCAAUAGGGUUCAAAUUGUUACCCUUUAUAUUGACCAUUUAAGAGAUUGUAAAGGAGGGUAAACCUCAACAGUGCUCUAAAAUCAGCUCUCUAAAAUUUGUCCAGUGGCUUGCUGAGAUAUCUGUUGCCUUUUUUAUGUUAAGCUGAGGAACUUGAAUGCCUUACCCAGUCAACUGGUAGUAAACUUAUUUUGUAUAUAUGAAAAUGGCUGUGAGAAGUGGCAUUCAUGUAUAUUCAAUGUUAGUAGACCACAGUGGCCUGGAUGCUUUAAUGAGCAAAAUUCCACAAUUUCUUUCUUUCUUUUUUUUUCCUUUCAUAUUUUUAUGAUCUUACCUGACCAGUGAUGAUUUUUUCCCUCCUAACCCCAUGCUACUACCAUUUCUGGAUAUCUAAGAGAUGUGGUAGUAAGUUAUACUGUUCACAUGAUCGCCUGAGAUCAAUAUGAGCACAAAAUUCAUCAACUAGGUCUGCCUGGAAUGUAUAUAAAACAGUGUAAAUAAAAAUUUGUAAAUUAGUGUGGAUUGUAUCUUGCAUAUGAGAUUGUGUAUUGUUUUGCAUUCUCUCCCCUUUUGUAGAAUUUUUUUCUGUAAGGAAAUGAUCUAGCUUAUUGGUUGUAGACUGGAAAUAGCCAACAGUUUGGACUACACAGUGAAAUCACAAGACCUGGACAUAGGGUUUAUUGGCUUUGGUUAAUGUUAGUACUUAUUUAUUUAGCCUCUCAGUGCCUAAUAAGACUUUUCUUCAUUUUUUAGUCAGCUUUUAUUUUUUGUGAGGUAUGACUCCUGAAAGCAGUGUAUUUAUACACUGUUACAUUAAUAGAGCUCCACUCUUUGAGUCAUGAGUCUGUGCUAAAGGAAAUUAAAAAUAUAAUUUAAUGGUUGUAAACCGAAGUAUUAUCUUUUCCCAUUUCAGGGUUGUUAACAAUUUCCUAUAAAAAAGUCUUGAAAUUUUAUAUAUCUCAGUAUAUGUCUAAAUCCCACGCAUUCAAAAGAUAGGACAAAUAAUAGCUUUUAGUUUAUCUUAAGCGUAUCUCAGAUGAGUUCUCUAAAUUUAAAGUUGUUCAUUAUUGGAAUGUAAAAGACAGAAAAGACAUAGAUAAUCUUUUAAUGACAACUAUUUCUAGUUUUUGCUGAACGAAAAAUAUUUGAUGUCAUAUGUACAAGUCACUAAAAUUUCCACAUUUAAAGAAAAAGAAGUUCCCCCAAACUCGCAAAAGUUAAAAGCCUUCACUUUUAAAAUGAUACAGAUAUUUCCUUUUUACAUUAUACAGAAGCUUUCUAUAUCAUUUUAUGAAUUGUUUUUUGCAUGUUGUAAAUGAAAAUAUGAUCAGUUUCAUUUUCUGCUUUAGAUUGCUUUUAAUAACAUACUGCAUUCCAAAGUUACAUGGACUUAGGCUUUUACUAAUCAGUCAUUGAAUGGAUAGACAAAGUUAACAGUGGUUUAUGCUAGGAGAAUUUUGUUAUUGGAAGCAGCUUGCCCUACUUUACACAGAAGGGAAAUGCUAGUAAUUAUUAUGCACAGAAAAAAAAGAAUCAUAAGUAUGUGGUAAAGCAGCUUUAUCCUUAUUUCAAAAUUGAUCUGCUUUAUUUUUUUUUUUUUUCAUUAGAUUUUAGAAUGUUCUUUUACUGGGGAUUUAGUUACAUAUUAAGGCCAUUGGUUUUGAUUCUUUUUAAAAAGAAGACAUUAUAUUAAACCACCCUUUUUUCUUUUUUAUACCACUGUGUGUCAUUACAGUGUCAUGUCUUGGGUGUGAUGUCUUUGAACAGAAAAGUGUACCAAUUAUUUUAAAUGAAUUUUCCUCCGUCUUUGAAGCUCAGUCUAUAAAUGUGUUGCUAUAAAAGAAAAUACUUGGCUUUGUAUUACUUAAAUAUUUGAAAAUGAAAUUAAGAGGAUAUAUUACAUAGUGCAUUAGAUUUUUCUGAACAGAGUUUUUAUGCUAUAAAUUUUCUGGAUUAUAAUUUGAAAUGAAAUGAAUAUCUGAACUAUUUGCAUGGAAAAAAUAAUGAUAGUGCUUAUAAGCACUAUAAACUUUUUUGAGUUUGAGGCAUCCAAAAUUCAAGUUUUUAGUUCAUUUUUCUCCUGAAAUUUCCUUUGUCUUUUCUGUACUUUAUGAACUUGCUAUAUUACCGAUGUUAUAAAACAGCAGGGUUAAAGGAUUCAUUCUGAAUCCUAUACCUUUUCUAGUUAUGAAAAAAUUACUUUCUAAAAUAUUCUUAAUUUCAUUUUCAUUAAUUAACAUAUUAUCCAUUAAUGGUAUUUUGAAUACCAUUAAUCAUUUUAAUAAAACGCCUCUGUUUGCAAAAAUUGAAAACACUACAUGUUCUAUUUGAACAGAUUAGUGAAGAAUAAGAAGAAAACUAACUGAUUGGAAUUGUUGGCAUUCCAUUAGUUGAAUUUAAAAACUCAGAAUGAGGGAACUUUCAGAGAUAGGUUGAAACCCAAUGGUGUCCAUGUAAACUAGAUCCUGUGGCCUAGAAAAGACCCCCAAAAGCAGUAGAGGAGAUGAGAGUGUCAACUUGCCAUGAUUGUGGUUGUGGUUGUGGUUGUGGUGUGCUUGCUACUUAAUUAUAGGUAGUGACACACUGAAAUUUCUAUUGUCCAGUGAUCCAAAGUAGUUUCCUAUAUUUACCUGUAUUAAAGUAACUAUAAAUUAAUGUUUUUGCAGAUAGGAAACUUUCUGGUUGUACUCUUUAGGAGCUUUUGUAUAGCUGGAUAAGUUUCCAUGAUAAGAAGUAUUUGAUUUUUAAAAUAAAAACUGUGAUUAUAAGGAAGAAGACAUGGCAUUAUUCUAUAUGUUUAAAUGGUAAUGUCCUUAUUCACUUUCAGAAGAAAAAAUGAAAUGAAUAACUGUCAGUGCAUUAGCUAUAUGUUGAAUUGGGAAAGUGUGGCAUAAAGCUUAAAUUUGUGUUUAUCAAAUGUGAACCAUAGUAGUUUAAUGCUGCUUUGUAUAUACUGUAAGUGCUACAAAUAGUCACAGCACUGAAAAUGUAUUGAUACCUCUCAAAUGAAUGCAAUUUUUGAUGUAGGUGUUUUGACAUGCCUCAGAAAGUAUCUGAGUGUCUGAGAAUUUGUUAAUCUGUUUAGUAAUGAAGAUACUUCCUGUUUUUUUUUGUUUCAUAUUUUCAUGUUUAGAAUUUAAUUUUUACUACUGUUAAUUUAAGUAAAAUUUGUUUUGUGGGUAAAAUGGGGUUGCCAGUGAAGAAAAUUAAGAGUAGCCUCAUUCAUGUAACUGCUUAAGUAAAAAUACAUUUUUGGUAUGUGUUCACAAACUUAAUGAAGCGGUUUGUAUUUCUGUUUAAAUAUAAGUGAUGUUUAGGCUUUAUUUCUGUUUCAUUAGGCUUUUUGCCAUUGAUUAAAUGAAGGAAUGUAUCUUUUUGAAGAGAUUUAUAUUCUGUAAAUAAAAAUUGAUUGUAACAAUAAAGUUGGGUUCUAACUACA